GUUUUAAUGGGAUUUCUCAGGCAUAUUAGGUUUCUUAACAUACGUUCAACAUAUUGAGGAUUUUCAUCGGAUUAAAUAUUUCUUGUCAACUACGGAUUAACUACAUUGCAAUGACAAACAAAAAUAUUUUGGUCGAUGCUUUACACAGCUUGGCACAUUAUCGCAUUUGCAACAGCAUUUGCAUUGGAUUAUUUUUACAUUUUAUUGCGGCAGUCGCCGGAUUGCAGCCAGAUACGGCCGCCUCGCUCAGUCCGUGUACUCCAAAAUCACUUCCGGCCGCCGGAAAGAUAGGGAAAUGUGUCAGUGUGGAGAGCAUGGAUGAGCAUUGCUCUAAAGGAGAGCUCAGUGCGUCUCUGGACUGCUCUAACGACGCUUGGUGUUGUUUCGAUCCUAAGACUGUGAUGAAAUCCCUCACCAAACCAAAGCAGUCGACCGUCCAUUCGAACACGUCCUGUGUGCCGACCGCUGGCGACACUCUUGGUCCUUACUACGUCAACGGCGCGCCGGUGUACACGCCAACCGGACACCAGACGGUCAUGCUGUGUCCCAAUGGAUUUCGCGAUGACCGCGUGCUGCUCAGCGGCUAUGUUCGCUUCCGGUCCGAUAAUGUAUCGUGUGGCGUCGGGAAACGAGCGCUGGUAGAUUUGUGGAUGUCCAAUCAGACUGGAUGGUACAGCAUCGUACCGCCUUCCCUCCAAAUCCCAACUCCAACUGCCUUCCAGAGUGCCGGUCCGUUUACGAUGGCUACCAAUGCGACAUCCGCCAACGAUCCAGACUGGUUUUGCCGUCUUAAAAUCAUCACCGGCGAUGAUGGCUAUUAUUCCAUAUCCACGGUUAUUCCCGGGCGCUACAAGCUUUUUGCAGGCUGGCGACCGGCCCACGUCCAUUUCCGUAUUUUCCAGCUGGAUCAGUACAACAAACCUGUUGGAAAGGACUUGAUUACACAAGUGUAUUUCAAUUACGAUAUAUUCCGGCCAACGGAUGCAUGCUCAAGGUGUAACGCCAUGGAUCCAACGAUAACCGUGACAUAUGCAAACACCAACGAUUUCAAAACAUUCGAAGGAAAAAUGGACUUUUUGAUAAAUGUUUAAAAUGCUGCCUAUUUACAGUAUAAUAAGCAGCUUCUUUCUUGCGCGUACAAUCGUACUUGUCAUGUUUUAUUACUUUUUAU